CAAAAUGAUAAAAUUUAAAAUAAAAUAAAAAACAAAAACGAGAAAAUACAAGAGAAGAUAAAAGGAGGAGAAAAAAAACGAAAGAUAAGAACGAAAACACAACGAAACAGCACAAAAACCCUAGUUCGAAAAUAUCGCGAUAAAUUGCAAAAUCCAUCGAAAUCUGCGAUCUCCGCUUAUCUCUCCGCCGGGAAAGACCAAAUCUCUCCUCUGUUAUUAAUACUAUUCCACGGAAAAUACUUUCUGAACCCUAAUGGUCCGAGAAAAAGAUGUAUGUUGGGAAUAUGCAGAGAAACUAGAUGGGAACAAAGUGAAAUGUAAAUUUUGCCAAAGAGUUUUAAAUGGUGGCAUUAGCAGAUUGAAGCAUCAUUUAUCGCGAUUUCCAAGCAAAGGAGUCAAUCCUUGCAGUAAGGUCCGAGACGACGUUACUGAUCGAGUAAGAAACAUAAUUGCGUCGAAGGAAGAGGUUAAAGAAACCUCUAGUGUGAAGAAGCUAAAAGCACCGGAAGUUAAAUCUCCCGGUACUCUUUCUGCAACCAAAGCUCUUAUAUCUUUGGACACAACAUUAUCUCCUAUUGGGAAGAUGUUCCCUUUAAGCAAUCCUAUGACGCCUUCUUCGACAAAUAAUCAAGAGAUUGCGGAAAGGAGUAUCGCUCUAUUCUUUUUCGAGAAUAAGAUAGAUUUCAGUGUUGCGCGAUCUUCGUCCUAUCAGUUGAUGAUUGACGCCGUUGCAAAAUGUGGCUCUGGGAUUAUAGGUCCGUCAGCUGAGGUUUUGAAAACAACGUGGUUGGAGAGGAUUAAAACAGAAGUCGGUUUACAGUCGAAAGAUGUUGAGAAAGAGUGGGCUACUACGGGUUGUACCAUUAUUGCAGACACAUGGACUGAUUAUAAAUCAAAGGCCAUUAUUAAUUUCUUAGUCUCGUCACCGUCCAGGAUUUUUUUCCACAAAUCAGUGGACGCGUCUCCGUAUUUCAAGAACACGAAAUGGCUCGCUGAUCUUUUUGAUUCUGUGAUUCAGGAGUUUGGUCCGGAGAAUGUUGUGCAAAUUAUUAUGGAUAGCAGCUUUAACUACACUGGGAUUGGUAAUCAUAUAGUGCAGAACUACGGGACAAUAUUUGUAUCUCCUUGUGCCUCGCAAUGUUUGAAUCUAAUAUUGGAGGAUUUCACCAAGGUUGAUUGGAUUAGUAGGUGUAUUUUACAAGCACAAACCAUAUCAAAGUUGAUUUACAAUAAUGCUUCAUUGCUUGAUCUUAUGAAGAAGUAUAACGGAGGUCAGGAACUUAUCAGGACCGGGGCGACAAAAUCUGUAUCCACCUUCCUGUCUUUGCAGUCAAUGUUGAAGCUAAGAACACGGUUGAAGCAUAUGUUUCACAGCCCCGAAUAUGCGUCGAACACUUCCUAUGUAAACAAACCCCAGAGUCUUUCCUGUAUUGCAAUUGCUGAAGAUGGUGAUUUCUGGAGGACGGUGGAAGAAUGUGUGGCCAUCUCCGAGCCAUUUCUGAAGGUAUUAAGAGAAGUAUCCGAAGGGAAACCAACGGUAGGUUCGAUAUAUGAACUAAUGACUAGGGCUAAAGAAUCUAUCAGAACAUACUACAUAAUGGAUGAGAAUAAAUGCAAGACAUUCUUAGAUAUAGUUGAUAAAAAAUGGAGGGAACAGCUUCAUUCCCCUCUACAUGCAGCCGCGGCUUUUUUAAACCCCAGUAUCCAGUACAAUCCUGAAAUCAAAUUUCUCUCGUCUAUAAAAGAAGACUUCUAUAAUGUUCUCGAGAAGUUGCUUCCUGUACCAGAUAUGAGGCGCGACAUGACCAAUCAAAUCUAUACGUUUACAAAGGCACACGGAAUGUUCGGUUGUAGCCUAGCAAAGGAAGCAAGAAACACAGUUGCACCAUGGCUUUGGUGGGAACAGUAUGGUGAUUCUGCUCCGGGGCUGCAACGAGUUGCCAUUAGAAUAUUAAGUCAAGUUUGUAGCACUUUCUCACUUCAGAGGCAGUGGAGUACCUUCCGGCAAAUUCACUCGGAGAAAAAGAAUAAGAUUGAUCGAGAAACGCUGAACGACCUUGUUUAUAUAAACUACAAUCUCAAGUUGAAUAGGCAAAUGAAUGCAAAGUCUUUAGAAGUUGAUAUGCUUCAAUUUGAUGAUAUUGACAUGAGUUCUGAGUGGGUGGAGGAAAAUGAAACUGCAAGUCCAACUCAGUGGCUAGAUCGUUUUGGGACAGCCUUGGAUGGCAAUGAUUUGAAUACGAGACAGUUUGGUAGUUCUAUAUUUGGUGCAAAUGACCCAAUAUUUGGAUUGUAAUAUUGUAUUUGUAUCCCUUCAUUUGUACUCAUGUAUCAUAGCAAGUGUUGUUUAGUAGUUCUAGAUAGCGGGACCAUGCGAUUAGUCGACCUUGAACAAUUAAUGUAGUAUUGGAAUACAAAAAUUCAACACUUUAUACUAGGUUUGUAAACUACAAUUGGCUUUUAACAACUAAAGAAAGAUGCAUCUAAAGAUUCGCAUGCUACAUGCUAAUCUAAUCUAGAUUGAACAUUAAAUAAAGAGUAGGUGAUUGACCCCGUCAAUGCAUAG